UAUACAAUUUGUUAACUAAGGUUGACUCGAGAAUUGAUCAAAUAUUCUCCUAGAAUGAUGUCGUGCAAAAAGUUUUGUUUGCAAAAGGAUCAAUUAAUCGAUGAUUCUGAAUUAUGUUCACUCUCAUUGGAGAUCUUCUUAAGAGCUCAUUAUUUGCUGAAGAAUUUCGUGGAUUUUUUCAAAUUCCAUGGGUGUAUAUGUGACGACAUAAAUUAUGAUAAAAUACCUUUGCAUGGAGCGUUGGACACCAUGGCUACGGCAAUGACAUCAAUCAUCUGUGGAAAAAUAUCGAACGAUAAAUCUGAAUCAUAUGGAUUGUUCCGUGAUACGUGUGCUUGUGUCCAUUGUCGGAAUGAUCAAGACGUGCCGGAUGAUAUCGUUCAAAAAGUAGAAACAAUUCUACGAUGCUUACAAAAAUCGUGUGCCAUUGAGAACAUCAUCUAUCGAGUGAAAAAGGUUCUACACACUUUGGAGAAUUCAUCGGCGUGUUUGAUGCCAGAAAGACUUCAGAAUCUGUCUCUUUGCCUGAAAGAAAUAAUGAAGAAAGUUAUUUGUCAACCUUCGAAAGAAACUGUUUAUAAUAACCAGAUGAAGUUAACGCUGAAUCUUGUGAACAAAUUUAUUCGAGAUUGGAGCGGGAAGAGAUCUAAAACUAGACCAUUCCUUAGGAUCUGCAGAUACUGUAAUUCGGUUAUCAGCGAAACAACUCGACAAUGGGGUACAUUUUGCUGCAAGGAUGCGCAACGAUUCCACAAUAUCUGGAAGGAGUGGUCUCUGCAACAGUCAAUAUCAGACGCCAGUAAGAGCGGCGAGGAAUCGAAACGGAAGCGUUUGGACGGCAAACAAUUUCUCGAAUGCUCUAAGGACACUUCAAUGAUGUACGUGGCUGGACAACAACGUUCGAGAACGUUCUCUCCAAUCGAGGAAUUUCAAGCUGGACUUACGAUGAAAUAUCAGGCCAGCGAAGGAGAUAAAAUUGCAAGGGGAAUCGAUGGUGCUUCAUGGGAACAGGGUACCUUCCACCCAGCGGUAAAACAUCCAAGUACUCGUGAGACGACGCGUUGCACGGAAGCUGAAGUAUGCUCGAGGAAAACGGAGUCAGAAAGAUACAGAGUCGGGGGUGCGACUUCGGCAAAAUCGACUUUGCAGGAGAGGGAAGCGAGGAGGAGAUGCAAUAUCGACAGGGUCGACGACGAGUAUCCUAUCACGUCAGAUGGACGACGGAAACGUGACGAUGGUCCGUGUAGAAGUAAGUCCGAGAAAAUCCGUGCACUAUCGUGUGGUUUACGGGACACGACCGUGGAACGAGCAGCUGUCGGAAAAAUGAGGAAAAUUAGAAGCGGCAGGAAAGCAAAAAGCAACCUCUCGGAAAUGGAGCCCGGAGGGAGCGGAGUUGAACGAUCGAAACGAGCGGGGAAAAAUGAUAAGUCUGAUCGGAGUCGAUCAAGGAAAGGACGAAGAACGAAAUCGGAUGACGAUGAUGAUGAAAACGAAGAAUCGACGUACGACGAUCGGUCGGACAAGAAAUCUAAAAAGAUGAAAGGGAGGAAACUUUACAGAAAUACGCCGGAUGAGAUUGAAAGGGAGAAACGUGUCGGGAAGACGUACGAGGGAGAUCGUGAAGAGAGCACAACUGGUAGACGACGUAGGAAGAAGCCACGAAAAGGGGACAUGGAACUUGACGAUGCGACGGACACGAGCAAGAGCACGGAGAGAAAAACAGACAGGUCGAAACGUGAAAAGAAAGGCGUAUUUUAUUCCCUGGAUGAAAAAGGAAAAACUUUUAAGCGUGGUCGGAAGCAUAGGGAUAGCAGGGAUAGGGAACAGACUGGUUCUGACUUAAAGAAGAAACGUAAAGUUAGGGUAGGCAGUGCGAGUACGGAAGAUAAAUCAACACUCAGUUCAGAGAGUGAGAGUAAGAAAGGGACGAGUGCAUCGAGCAAGAAGGGUCGAAAAGGGGCUCAUUCGCAUGGAAUAGACGACGAUUACAGUAAGAAAAGUGGAUCUCAUGAUCGCAAAAGGAAGCCAGGGGUGACGAAAGAUUUCGUAACGGGCCAUCGACACCCGAUCGAGUACCAAUUAUCAAACCAGCACUUUGCGAAGCUUGGCUGGACCAUGAUACCGAUUGCCAAAACCCUAAAGAAAGUCGUUCAAUACCGAACAAAGCCUGCGAAACCUCAUCUCGAUUGGUUUAAGAAACAGCGAUACAAUGGGCAGACGUAUUACGAUGAUGGCACAACUGUAUUUUUAAAUUUUCGUCAAGACGGAUCUGGAGAAGUAUACUAUCCAAAUGGAAAACUUGCUAUUGGAGUGUACAAACCAAGCAACUGUCAAUACGAUAUGUGUACUGUAUUCAGCCCAGGAGGCAAGGAUCUCAUGGGAAUCGAGAGGAAAUCACAGAUUGUCGCAUUAUUCGACAGCAUGGGCAACGGUGCUAUCUUCGAUGAGGAUGGCGCUACUAGCCUGUCCUACAAUCAGAUUGGUGGAAUUUGGAGGGAUAAUCCUGCAGGACUGCCGUUCACGUGGAUGUGGGACACCGACCAAAAGAAAUCAAUAAUCAAGACUGUGUACAUGGAGAAAUCAGCAGAACGCUUGGAAAAGCUCCUCCCUUCGACAACCAAGGUAUCGCAAAAAAGUUCCGGAAGUACCAAAGCAUCGGUGACACCUGCGAGCUCGCGAAAUAAGGAGAAGAAGGUCGUGGAACAGAAACCUGUUGUCGUGAAGCACCAGAAAGAAGAAGAAGAAAAAGCGGUCGCGACCGGAGACAAUUCCCUUGCAAAAUAUUCUAAAGAUCCUUGUCAUUUCAAAACAAUCCGCAUAAAAUUGAAUGAUUUCAUCUGCUGUAGGAUAUUGAAUCGAAGUAAUAUCAAUCUUCAAUUCUCAGCUGGUAAAAAAAAUAUUAGAAUAGAAUUAGGUACCGUUUUGGAUCUCGAUAAAGAAGUGGCAUCGUACUUCGUGGAUUCAAGUUCGAAAGCUGCUAUGUUAAAAGGCAGAUUUGAGAAGUUAUUGUCGUCUCAAGUACAACCUGAUGGCAGUUUGUAUUACAUAGCUAAGGGACUUGAAGAUGUCAGGAAAACGGCAAGGCAACGUAAAUUUAUGAUGGCAAAAUACAGGCCAUUUUGGUACAUCUGGAAAAAAAUGGGAACUAGAUGUCGUCCAAGAUAAUUUAUAAAGAAAUCAUUGGAAAUCAUUUUAAUCACAAAAAUUUAUA